GCGCGCGGGGGGCGGGAGACAGCCACACUCGGUCUCUCCGUGGCGUGACGUCACAAUGCAGGCCCGAGUCGAGCCCGUCCGAGCAGCGGACCAAUCAGAGCGCAGCCUGGGAGCCGAGCCCCCCCAGGGGGACCAAUGGGAGCCUCCCCUAGUCAUGUGAGUGCUGGCUGCCAGCAUGGAAGGCAGGAGCUGCCGCAGCGCCAUGCGGGCCCGGGGGAGCACGGGGGUGGGAUCCCACUGACCCUCCAGAUCACCGAAGAGUGUACAUAUUUAAAGACUUAUUUACUAAUACAAAAGAGACCCCCCCAACCCUUGAAAAGGGGUAAAGGGGGGUCACCAGGCUGGUAAAAAUGGUUUCGUUGAAUUGCAGUGAACCAUUGCCUGCUCCAGAUCUUCUUUCAAAUGCUGCUUCUCCCUGUGGACAGAAUCGGACUAAACAGCAGUGGGGUGAGGUUAUACUUCCCACCCUUCUAAAGAAUGAUUACAGCCUUUCUUCUUUAUCCAUGGAAGAUCAAGAAAAUAACACUACUACCUCUGUAAAGCAGGAGGAAAUGGCGAUGCCAGGAGAGGCGGAAGGAAUUGUUUUGUCCCAGCUAGUCAGGUCUGUGGAGGAUCCUAAGGAAAACACUCAGAUGGCACAAUUAAAAAUUCCUGAUUUUUGUGCCCAGUUUUCCCCGGACUUCUCUCCAACACUGGAGGAAAUUGAAGAGUUUUUGAAGGACAAUAUGGAUCUUCUCCGAGAGGAACUUGGUGAGAGAACUCCUGUUAGUAGUGGGAAACUUCAGAGUUCCAAGUCAGACGAGCAGUUGUCACCAAUUUCUCUAACUCCUCCAAGUGAGGAUGUUCCAGCUCAUGUAACAUCAGAUGCUUCUGUGACUUCACCCUCUCCAGAGAGCAGUAUUCCAGUUAUCCUUCAGAUCCAGCCAGUGCCUGUACCUGGUGUCCCUUCCAUUCCCCAGAGUUCAACUGGUAGUAUGCGGGUGGCACAGCUUGUGAUUAGUGUACAGGGCCAGAGCCUGGCACUAGCACCUAUCCCAGGACCUACCUCCCCUGGGGACCAGAAGUAUGUUCGAAUUGCACCUCUUCCUGUAGCUGUUCAUCCUCUAGGAGUGUUUGUGAGCGAGGGACAGCAAAGAACACAGAAGGGUACACCAGCUGUGAUCAGAGUACACAAGUGUAGUCACCCUGGUUGUAACAAGAUGUACAGUAAAAGUUCACACCUUAAGGCACACUUCAGGAGGCACACAGGAGAGAAGCCUUAUGUAUGCACGUGGCCAGAAUGUGGUUGGAGGUUUUCUCGCUCUGAUGAGCUUUCCAGACACAAAAGAUCUCACUCUGGGGUAAAACCAUAUCCCUGCGCUGUGUGUGACAAAAAAUUUGCCCGCAGUGACCACCUGUCAAAACACAUGAAGAUUCACCGUGGCCAGAGAGUUGGCGGUUCUCGGACACCACGGACCAGCACUUGAAAUCCUUUUUUUUUUUUUUUUGUUUUGUUAUACGUACUUGACUAAUGUGAAUAUUUUCUUCCUUAUCAUUGUACCGGACCCCUAAGACAUCUGGUGCAAGGGGGCAUCCUGGAGCAUGCUACUGGUUAAAGUCCACAUAAUGUUCUUAGUAGGAAGGGAUCCUGCAAGUCAUUGGCGAACAAUUCAAUAUAUAUAUAUAUAUAUAAAUAUCUAUAAAUGUAUAUCGAACUAUAUGUAGAUAUGUGUAAUAAAAUCUGUUGUACUCCACUCAAUUUUACUUAAACUAGAAGGGUUAUGCUAUGAGGCCUCGCCUUCAUCCACUUAUAGUGAUGGCUUAUUGCAAUGAGUACCUCUAAUUCUAAUGCUAUCUUGCUACUUUUUUUUGACUGUUACAGCUUCACUAGGUAACCACCAGGUCCCUGGCUAAUAAGAUUGCAGGAUAAGAUACCACUGUCUGUAGUUAUGUACAUGAAGUAUGUAUAAAAUAAGUCUGUUUUCUAACUAUGUAUUAAUCUGCAAGUGUCAUGUGCUCCGAACUCUGAAUGUAUAUGACAUUGUUCCAUGAGAACCAAUGGAACCAUGUAUAUUUUUGGAACAGAUACAUAAAAUACAUACGUAUAUAGGAAUUUACUCACUGGAGAUUAGACAUAUAGCCUGCAUUACUGUACCUGUUUAUCUUCUGAAAAUAUAUUGAUUUAUACCAUUACCAUGCUGUGGCUUGGUAGUCUUGUCUCACCAUUUGCCUUUGAUUACCAUAUUCAGUAAUCUCAAGAGAGAUAGGGGAGGGGUUUACAAAGAAAGGUGAUACCCAAUAUCUUUAAAAAGAUAAAUGCCAGGUAUUUUGUCCUUAAACUACAAUGACUGGUCAAGUAAACUUGAUCCCAUGUGAUCAGCGAUAUAUUUUGAGACAUCAUGGGUUGCAAUAAUUCCUGGCCUGCUAUGCAUGCUGUGAUCACAACAAACUAAUACCAACUGCUCAAGGACUUGGGCCUUUGAUAUCCAUCCCCUGUGCGACCCUUUCUGUACAUGUUAGUGUUUUUAAAAUAGUUGGCAUGUGGAGAAAUGACGUUUCUUUGUCAGAGGUUGGUGAUACAAUGGCUGCGUGAAUGUAUCACAAUGCCCCUAGAUAACAAAUGUGCCAAGGUUGUGUCCAUUUUUGGAUUUUGUGACUAAUAAAAUAUGAAUCUUUUUCUUUGUAAUGCAAGAU